AUGGCCGCGCAGCCUGCCGGCGCCGGGUCCGCUUGCCGCUUCUCGCCUGGGCCGGCUCCGCGCUUGGCCACGCGCCUCUUCGGCCGGGUUCGCUCGCCGCCCUUCGCCCAAGCCGGCCGCCUGGGCAGUCCUGCGCCCGACUUCGCCCUCGCGCCGGCUGCCCAGUUCCCGGACGCAGGCGGCCCAUCGCCCGGACUCCGACUCCUCCGCCCUGCCGCUCCCACGGACGCCCGUCCGCUGCGCUGCGGACUGCCGCGUCGUCCCCCUGCUCCCGCGAGCACGUCCACGGCCGCGCGCCCGCGAGCCACCCCCGCUCCCUCCGCGCGCUCGCGUCACCACGGGCCGACUGCUCCGCGUCCCGCCCACCGGCUGGAAGCUCCAGCCGGCUGCGCCUCGUUGACCGCAGGCCCGCGCCGCUUCGCCGGCUCGCCGCCCGCGCGUGUCCCGGCGCCGGCUGUUGCGGCGUCCCCAGCUGCCGGCUCCCGCGCACCACGCCGGGUUCAGUGGCGUCCCCUGCUACCGGAGUCCCCCGCCUGCGCCACUCCCGCGCCGGUCCGCCGAGUCGCCGGGAGCCGGCCUCCGCAUCCGGCGCCCGCGCACAACCCGGCGCCGGCUGGGCCGCCCUGCGCCGGUUCCUCCCCGUGCCGACUUCCUCGCACGCCGCCUCGAGUGGGAGGCCGUCCGCCUCGCCGCUGUAGCCGGCCUCCGCCGCCCCGGCCGACUGCGGCUCCACUCCUGCGACCGGCUGCGCCGGGCCCGGCCGGCUCCGGCCCCCUCCUCCGCCUCCGCCUCCGCCCACGGCCGUCUGCUCGCUUCGGCCGGCCCCCGCAGUCGCCGCGCCCGCCUGUGGCCGCCUCCGCCUCCGCCCAUGGCCGACUGCGGCUCCGCUCCCGCGCCGGCUGCGCCGGGCCCGGCCGGCUCCGGCCUCCUCCCCCACCCUGUGGCCGACUCCCGCUCGCCCCGCGCCGGCUCAUCCCCACCUCCUCGCCGCGCCCGUCAGUCACCUCCGCUGCGCCCGGCCGGCUCCGCUCCCUGUGGUACCCGCUCGCCGGCUCCGCUCCGACGAGCCGCCCCCGUCCGGCCGGCUCCGGGUGGCCGCCCCGUGCCCGGCCGCGGCGCCUCCGCCUCCUGGUGGCCGUUGCUCCAGGCCGGCCCCUGCGCCCGCUCGUUCUGCUGCGUGCUGGAGACAGCCGCUAA